AUGCAGAAGUACAUGGAAACGAAGGGAAUGUUUGAAGGUGUUUAUAAGGCUGCAGGAGGCUUUUUCGUGGCCCAGAAUGGCAAAAGCUCUCAGUCAGCAUUGAAGGGUAAUGGAGGUACACUCGUGUCUUUCAGCAAGGAACAUUCUCUGGCUGUCAGGCCAGUGGUGCAGGAUUCAUACUGGGCUGUGCCACGCCUCAGCUUCACCAUACUGAUCUUAGAGGUAUCAGUGGGGAAUGCCCACACCCCGACAGCUGUGGGAGAAUCUGACUCACCCAGCUCACUCAAUGAGCUGGACUUGGAAGACAGCUACGAGGAUUACUAUGACAGAGUAUAUGACUACCAGCGUGUCCCAGCCUCUCUGUCUCCCCUGCCAUCGAUUGGACCGAGUCUGCCUAAAAGAUCCCGCUCUUCUUCCUACUCCUCCAAACACAGACGCAGUCGAGACAGAACCCACACCAAAGGCUCCAGAGCCCACUCAACUAGUUCCACCACAGCCAAGUUGGACAUGGAGGAGUUGCAGGUGAUUAAAAAGGAGCUGACUAUGAUAAAGACACAGAUCGAUGGGCUUCUUGACAGUCUUGACAGGAUGGACACACACACGAGCAACCACAAAGGCUCCCCUUUGCGGGAAGAAAGUCCAGCUUGCUCACUGUACAGCAGCAGUCCAGAACACUCCCUUUCUUCCCUCUCCCCACCCUGCUCCCGCCAUCGAAUCUACAGAGAGACCUCCGUACCAAGAGGGCCCAAUGAUGACUACCAUAUGAUGAACAAUCACAGCUCAGACCUUGAAGAGGAAAUAUGA